AGUUGAUGUUCAUUCCAAACUCCUUUAUAAUACUGCCCCACGCCACACCUUCAUCUUCAUCCUUUUAACCUAAAUCAAACACAAACCCCCAAAUUCCAAUUCCACUAUGUCCAACGAAACAACUUCACCGUCCAACAUCAACGAUCCCUACCGCCACGUCGGCCUCGUUCUAAACCCCGACGGCACCCUCACGCGCUUGCGCAACAUCCCAAACACAGCACCCUCCUUAGGCACCAGUGUUCUCACCAAAGACCUCACGAUAAACCCCUCCAACAAAACCUGGCUUCGCUUAUUCCUACCCCGAACAGCACUAUCCUCAAACCCCAACAAACUCCCACUCAUUGUUUUCUUCCACGGUAGCGGUUUCAUCGUAGCCAGCGCCUCCUCCACCAUGUUCCACGACCUCUGCGUCCAUAUUGCCGAAACCGUCAACGCCGUCGUCGCCUCCGUCGAUUACCGCCUGGCCCCGGAGCAUCGCUUACCGGCGGCGUACGACGAUGCGACCGAAGCGCUGGCGUGGAUCCGAACGAGCGACGAGGAGUGGUUGACACGACACGUGGAUUAUUCUAGCUGUUUUCUGAUGGGAAACAGUGCAGGAGCGACGAUUGCGUACUUCGCCGGUCUACGUGCAGCGGAGAAAGCGCGUGAUCUGGAGCCGCUUAAGAUAAAAGGGUUGAUAGUGCGGCAACCGUUUUUCGGUGGGAGCGAGAGGACUGAAUCGGAGUUGAGGCUUGAAAAUGAUGCGAAUUUGCCGUUGUGUGUAACGGAUAUGCUUUGGGAGUUGGCGCUGCCACGUGGCGUGGGGAAAGAGCACGAGUAUUGUAAUGUGAAGGGUGGGAGUGAGAAACUGGAGAUGGUGAAGGAACUUGGAUGGAGGGUGUUGGUGAGUGCGAACGAGGGUGACCCAAUGGUGGAUCGUGCGAAGGAGUUGGUGGCGUUGUUGAAGGAGAAAGGGGUGAAAGUGGUGUGUGAUUUUGAUGAAGAAGGGUAUCAUGGAGUUGAGCAUUCUGAUCCCUCCAAAGAAAAACGACUCCUUCGGGUACUCAAAGAUUUUGUUUACUCCUCCCAUGCUUAAUGCUAUCAAUAAUUAUUCUAAAUUAUGUUACCUUUCUUUUUCUAAAUUUUAAUUAUGAGUUUUAAAAUCAGUUUGUUACAAAUUGUCUGAGAUUAUGAAAAAAUUUCUCAAGUUACCACAGUGUUAUCUUUCUCUUACCCAUUUUGCAGUUGCUCUACUUUUAUGUUGCUCUUCAUCUGGUGUUGAAUGAAAAAGAUAGUUAAAGGAAACUGAUAAAAAAUAUUAACUAUAUUAACUUAAAAAUAUUUAACUCCAAUAUUAAUAACGAUAUUUGUGAAAAUAAAUUUAAAAAAAACUAAAAA